ACUUGGUAAAAGCUUGAGCUACAGCAGAUACAAACCCAGGCUCUGAUACUCUAUAUUAUUUUUCCCCCCUCCCCUGAGCAUCGCGGGCCCCGCGGGCAGUGGGGCGGGGGGACACAGAGCCCCUCCAGCCAGCACUGAAGAUGUGCCCUACUUUGGAUAUUCCUGCAUUGAAUGUCUGAGGAGCUCCAGCCGAUCCUGAGCCAUGUCGCAGAUGUUGCACAUAGAGAUUCCCAACUUUGGGAACACCGUUCUGGGCUGCCUGAACGAGCAGCGGCUGCUGGGGCUGUACUGCGAUGUCUCCAUCGUGGUGAAGGGCCAAGCCUUCAAGGCUCACCGGGCAGUCCUGGCUGCCAGCAGCCUCUACUUCCGAGACUUGUUCAGUGGGAACAGCAAAAACGCCUUCGAGCUGCCGGGUACCGUCCCCCCCGCCUGCUUCCAGCAGAUCCUCUCCUUCUGCUACACCGGGAAGCUGACCAUGGCGGCGAGCGAGCAGCUGGUGGUGAUGUACACGGCCGGCUUCCUGCAGAUCCAGCACAUCGUGGAGAAAGGGACGGACUUGAUGUUCAAGGUCAGCUCUCCUCACUGUGACUCUCAGACCACCAUGAUCGAAGACCCCAGCUCGGAGCCGCAGAGUCCCUGCAACCAGCUGCAGUCGGCCUCGGCGCCCUACGUCAUGUCCCCCUCCAUGCCCAUCCCGCUCCUCACCCGUGUCAAGCACGAGAACCUGGAGCUCCAGGCUGCAGCCCUGCCCGGCCUGCCCGGCAAGCGGCCCCUGGAGCCCGGCGCCCGGGAGGGGACAGGUGCUGCAGGCCCCAACGCUGGGCCCCUGAAGCUCUCCCGUGUCUCCUACUACGGGAUGCCCAACCUGGCCACCCUCAUCCCCAAUGUCCAGCAGGUCCAGUACUCACAGGGGGAGCGGACGAGCCCCGGCGCCAGCAGCAUUCCCACCACCGACAGCCCCACCUCCUACCACAACGAGGAGGAUGAGGAGGAUGAUGAGGCAUACGACACCAUGGUGGAGGAGCAGUAUGGGCAGAUGUACAUCAAGUCCUCGGGAGGCUACUCUGUUGCUCAAGAGAAGCCAGAGCAGAUCCCACUGGAGAACCGCUCCUGUGUCCUCAUACGACGGGAUCUAGUUGCUCUCCCAGCCAGUCUUAUCAGUCAAAUCGGAUACCGUUGCCACCCAAAGCUCUACUCAGAGGGAGAUCCUGGAGAAAAACUUGAGCUUGUUGCAGGCUCAGGUGUUUACAUCACCCGGGGGCAGCUGAUGAAUUGCCACUUAUGUGCCGGUGUCAAACACAAGGUCCUUCUGAGACGUCUCCUGGCCACCUUCUUUGAUCGGAACACACUUGCCAACAGCUGCGGAACUGGAAUCCGGUCCUCCACCAGCGACCCCAGCAGGAAGCCCCUGGACAGCAGGGUUCUUAAUGCAGUCAAAUUGUAUUGUCAGAAUUUUGCCCCGAGCUUUAAGGAGAGCGAGAUGAACGUCAUAGCAGCCGACAUGUGCACCAACGCCCGCCGCGUCCGCAAGCGCUGGCUGCCCAAGAUCAAGUCCAUGCUGCCAGAGGGGAUGGAGAUGUACCGCACGGUCAUGGGCUCCACCACAAACAGUGUCCCCCUGGAUCCCGAAUUCCAGCCCAACACUGCUCAGGUCUUUGAGCAGCGCAUCUAUGCAGAAAGGAGGAGCGAUUCGGGAACUAUCGUAGCCUUGAGAACUAACACGGUGAACGUGGAGCUGAGCAACGGAUCCAGCCAGUCCUUCGAGCAGAGCGAGGACGCCGAGGGCGCCGGCUCCGUGAUCCAGGAGGCAGCUGCCACGGAUGCUCUGGCAUCGGAUCCCCAAAGCACUCCACAACCUUUUGAACAAGGUUCGGGCUCCUCCAGCCGGCCCGAAACCCCCGCCAGAAGACAGGAUGGUACUUACGGAGGGACUUUAUAAAGAGGGCAAACGUUUCGUGACCUAUAAGGGAUCUGUAAUACUAAAGCUGCUUGCAUGCGUUACUAAUACAAAACAAAAAAAAUGUGAUCAAGCCACUUACCUACUGAACUGCUACUGUUGCCUGAAAAAAAUGUGAUUUUUAUUCUGCUUGUAUUUAAAAUUUAUGAAGGAAAUAAUCGCAUUCGUUAUACUGUAAACGACUAGGUCUGUGGCGACCUACUUUAAAAAAAAAAUUGGGCUCCUUUUUUGAUAUUCCUGAGGUUAGUCUAUAAGAUUGUAGCUUUUUCUCUAUUUUUUUUUUUCCUUUUUCUUUUUCCUUUUUUUUUUUUUUUUUAAUUUCAAGAAGGGGAGGAGAAAAGCUAGCCACCCCCCCAACCACCACCCCCCAUCACCACCCCAUCCCAUCACUCAGCUCAGAAGUAAAGCCAUCGUUAACCUUGUCCUCUAAAGGAAGUUUUACUGUCACUUAACAGGAAAGCAAAGGUGUGUUAGGGUACAGGUGCUGUGACUGGCGAUGUUUGUCUUGAGGAGAGGGGCUCUGGCCAAGUGGGACAGGGUGGGGGAAAUUGUUAAAGGCUUCUGGUGCCCGAGGAAGCCCCUUGUCAAGGGUGCUGCUGUGGGGCAGGGUGCUGUGGGGCAGGGUGCUGGGGGCAGGGUGCUGUGGUGCCCAGCUGCUGCUGAGGGCUCAGUGCUGUUGUCUUGGGGAGUUUUAUCCAGUUCUGCAGGAGUUGAGGCUCGCACGUGUCGGGAGGACUGUGUGGGAUGCAGGCACAGGGCCUGGCUGCUGGAGUGGUUGUUGUCAGGUUGUUGGUUUGGUUUUUUUGUUUUCCCAACACAACUGGGUUUGGGUUUGGAUUCCCUCUCCCUCCCAGUGACUCCUUUUCCUUGGCUUCUCCUCGCUUGCACCUUCACAUCACCCAUCUCUUGGGUGAACAGGCUGGAGUCACCCCGCUGCACCCCUCGCCUCGGGCAGGCAGGGAGGGGGACUGAGCCCCAGGGCCACCUCCUGGGGGUGGGAAUUGCCCCCUCAGCCCCCUGCAAAAGGGCUUUGCAGCCACUGCUGAGAAGGGAAACCCGUUGUUGGCCAAAGGGUUUGGAGCUGGGAGCGUUUGGUGUCUGCUCCUGGAGCCCGGCGCAGCCACCAGCGUGUGGGCUCUGGGCUCUGGCUUUUGUGUGAUUUAGAGUGUGUUGGAUGCAGAAAGGUUUUUAAAAGAAAACCCAAACAACAGAAUGAGCUUUUGUGUCCUUCUGUGAAGAGGUUUUGGGGGGGAGGAAGCGUUUUACCUCUUGCUCCUCACCCUCCAGACAGGCCCUUACGGGGAGAGCCCCACGUGAGGUAUUUGUUGGGGUUGUUGGUCAAAGCUGGUGUCCCAGGCUGCGCUGGCUUUGGUGGCCUUGGGCAGGGGGCUGGCAGGGCCAGGGUCCCCCAAGGGACGGGGGCAGCGACGUGGAAGCCAAGUGUGGCUUUUUUCUUCUUUUUGUUUUUUUUAAUUCUUAUUUUCACUGUGACUGAAGGGCCUGUUUUGAUGGUCUUCACAGCUUGUUCUGUAACAAGUUUGGGACUAGGAGCAAGCACGAGGUGCACGGUCCCCCCUGGAGGCUGCCCUGGCUGGGCUCUUCUUUCCUGCUUUGGUUCCUGAAUCCAGACAAUGCUUUGCUCAGGGUUUUCUUCCUUCUUUGUAUUUCCAUUGGGAAAGGGGAGGGAGGGGAGGAUAAAACCCAACUUUUGGCCCUUUGUUUUGUUUUCUUCGAUACUUGAAGCAGUUUUUUGCAUCCUGAUAACAAAGCUGCCUGGCCUUCGCCUCUUCCCCUGCUCCUUGCCCUGAGGGGAAAAAAAAAAUAAUCACUGGUUUCUGCCUCCUGCUUUGCUCUGCUCUUGGUUUUUGGCAGGGCUUGAGUGCACUGUGGUGCCCUGGACUGGGUGCCCUGAUGUGGGGGGUCUGGGGCAGGUGGGGACACACAGGACCCUGCGAUGCUCCAGGGAGCAGGACGAGCAGGGCUGAGGGUCCCACUUGCACUUAAGUCAGCAAACAAAAACCAGCUCAUCCCCCUGAGCAGCACCAUGGGAGGGGGACAGACCUGAGCAGGGUGGGGACAGGGAGCUGGCCUUGGGGUGGGCUUGGUCCCCAGCCAUCCUGAGGAGAUGGAGAGGGCCCAGUUCCUUGGCCCUGCAGGUGUCCUGUGUCCCCGUUCCCUGGAGGUGGCUGCUGGGGUCCAGUGCUGGGGCAGCUCAGGCAGGCUGGGGGGUUCCAGUUUGCCUGAGGAACCCCCCGAUCCCCUCCCAUCACCUCCCCAAAGUUUGGGUUUGCCAAAAGUUUGAGGCAAGUUGGGAGCAGAUCCAGGCACCGGAGAUCUAAGUCCCUUCUUUGUGUGUCUGUGUGCAUAUAUAGAGAGAUACAUAUAUUUUAAAGAUACUACAAAGGAUUCCUCCUCCUUUUUGGCACUUGCUAGGGUCUGGGGAGCAGCCGAGCCCCCCCACAGGGUUCUCAGUUGGCUUUAGGGAUUAAUCCUGGACCAAACCUGUGCCCAGAGCAACGGCCCGGCCGGCGGGGCCACCGGGGCAGCAGCAGAAGUACUUGAAUGGCUUAGGACAGAGAGUCUGAAGAGAGUCAAGUUGCACAGUGAAAAAAUAUAUAUAUUUUUAUACCUAGCACAACUUCCUGUAUAUUUUUGGGGUUUGUUUCUUUCUUUUUUUUUUUUUUCCUUCCUUUUUUUUUUUUUUAGUUUGGGUUUGUUUAUUUUAUUAAUUAUUAUUGUUAGGAAGGCAAACUUCUAAAAUGUGAAGGGCGUUGGGUUUUUUUGUUUUGUUGGUUUUUUUUCCUUAUCUGGUAGAUGAGGGCAAGCAUUUUGCACUAAUGUUUCCUGUGUGUGGAGGAUUAAUGAUAAUGUUUGAAGCUGUUCUAUGGCAAUGAUUGUAUUCUUCCGAAAAAAACAAGAAAAAAACACAACAAAAAAUGACAAAAAAAAAAAGUAACCCCUUUCAAAUGCUGAAUGUAAGGUGAGAACAGAGCAGUCCAUCGAUUGUAUGCGGCUUUCCUGAGUGCCUUAGAAUUUUUUGAUCAUUUUUUUUCCAAGGAAAACAGAUUAAGACGAUCAGAUCAUAACCGACUCCUUCCUCCUCUUUGUUUACGACGCUGUUUUAAAUUAUAGAACUUGGGGCUGCUUUAUAAUGUGAAUAGGAAAACUGCAUUCAUCUAGGUCUGGUAGUGUAAAAUCAAAGCAUCAGUAUUUAUGGUAUGUCUGCACCUUUAUUCUUAUGCUUGACUAUUAGCAAUAUUACAUGUAUGUUAUAUAUCUAAAGUUAUACCAAGCACCUUUAAAGAGAACAGAGCGUAAGCGUCCGGCUUCCCUGCAGCUGCCAUAGAGUGUAGAGCCAGCCCCUCUCCUCCUUAGCACCAAUUAACACCAUCCCCGAGCUGCCGCUGUGUGGAAGGGUGCAUGGACCUUCCACGGUGGUCCCACACCCCGGUGUCCUGCAGGCUGGGGGUCCCGCCAGCCUCCCCCUGUCCCGUGGGAUGGUGACCUGGCUCUGGGGCAGGCAAGGCAGGGGCUGGGGAGGAGCUGGGGAGCGGGUCCUUGUGCCACCUCCACGGGUCAGAUCUUCCAAGUGUGGUUUCACCCGAGAAAUGGGACCCCGGGAGGGGUGCGGGGGGGAGCCUGGCGGUGGGUGACACGCAGGGUCCCCUCCUCCAGCCAGCCCCCCCGCCCCACAACUGGAAUUGCCCCCCUCUCCCCCAGCAAUGGGGGGCACCCCUCGCCCCCCCCGCCCCCCAACCCCGGGCCUUUUUUGUUGUUGUUUUGUUAUUUGGUUUGUUUUUUUUUUCCCCCAGGGGUUUUGCUCCUCUGGCUUGUUUGUAUUUUUUCUGGAAAGACCCCUCCCGGGAGGGUCAGUCCCAGCGCUGUGGUGCCGGUUCCGUGGCCAUCCCGGGCUCCAGCUGCUGUUCCCAGUAUCCCUGCUGUCCCAGUUUGUCGUGCUGUGGGGGUGGGGAGGGGGAGGGAAGCGAGCUGGGGGGGCUUCCCCGGCCCCGCACCCCCUGCCCGGCUCACCCGACGCACUCGCAUGGGAAACCCCUCAGCUCCCCCGGGGAGGUUCUUCCACUGUUAAGCGUUUUGCACACAAAAUUGUGAUUUUUAUGUCAAGGUGAUUAAAAAAAAAAAAAAAAAAAGAAAAGAAAAAAAGGCAAAAAAAACAAAGGCAAAAAAAAAAAAAGCCAAAACUUGCAAUACUAUUUUUAGCAGACAAAAAAAAAAAUUAAAAUAAUAAUAAUAAAUAAUUAAAAAAAAACCACAACUGAGUUAUAAAUGUAUAAAUAUUUUUGACUUGAACAUUGGGAUGGCACUUGAUUCAAAUAGAGCAUUAAUCCUUUGGACAGAAUGUUUGGGGGGGGAGGAAAAAAAAGGACUUCAAGUACAAGGUUGUUUUUAAAGCGUCUUCAUAGGGUAUGAAGUAGUACUGUAAUUCAUGACUGUUAAAAAUACUUUCUGUGCUGUAAGGAAAUCUCACAGUACCACUGAAUUAUGUUCCUCAACUGUCUCAGCCACGAACGAUGCUAGCUGCUUUUAUUUGUUUCUUUAUUAUUAUUUUUUUUAUUGUGCAUUAUUCACUAGUAUUUAUGUGCUCUUACUCUGUAUAGUUAAGACUGUUAUUUUGUAGCCAUGGCUGACACGAAAUAUCAAUAACUAAAAAAACAAACAAACAAAAACAAAAAAAAAAAAAAAGAAAAAGAAAA